AUGUCUAAUACUACCAACGCAGAUCUUGGUUCCCGCGAGAAGGGUCUCAAGCACAAAAAAAAAUCCCAAAAGAAAAAAUCCCAAAAGAAGGUGUCUCGACCCUGGUUCGUUAUUGCGAUCAUAAUCAAUAUCUUGAUGAUAUUGGUUUCCGCGUAUAUACUUUACAGUUGGCAUGAGUUCGGUCUGGUGAACGCUCGAUACAAGAAUUACAUUUUGGCAUAUGCAGGCGCUGAUGCCCUGGUUCGGGUCACACUCAUUUUACUGGCUUCGCAAAGACACGGGUCUGACUUUGCAGUACAAAAUGCGCUCGGGUUUCUAAUCGGGAGGGAAGACUAUUACCUUUUAUUCCAUUAUAAAAAACACAAACGUCAAAUGAUUCGUGAUGUCCUUAGAUUGAAAGCCGUAGUGGCUUGGUUCGCAAUAUGCGGAAUGAUUGGUUGGGUAUACGCAGUCAGGGCUGCCAUGGAUAAGCAGAAUACCAUUUUAUCUCUAUGA